AUGUCAUACCUGCUCAAGUUCGAGCACGGCGCCCCCGAAGUCGAAGAAUUGAAAAAAUGGCUACGAGGUUACAUCACCCGCAUCGACUACCUCACCAACCCAUCACCACCACUGGAGCAUCUUCGAACCGCGCUGAUCCUGGCUUGCAAAGAGAUAUCGCAGAUCCUCGACCUUCAAAUGGAGUCCGUCAUACGAACCGCGAAACAGCCCGACAGCUGCAUCGAAAUCGAAGACAACGACUUCUGGGAGUCGCGCAUGAUCGAUUUCGAUGGCAUGCUCCAGAACGACGGCAAAGAUAUUCGUGGGAUGGAGAAAGAGGACGUGAUUGCAUUUCUCGAAGCUUCGAAGGAUGAGAUUGAGUGGUUGCAGCACGAGAUGCGUCGAUUGGAUCUUCACAUUGACAACGCACGCGAUGCGAUCCGUGAGGGGAGGAGGAGGAGUUUUGCUUACGCGCCAACCCCGAGGAAGGGCGGAGAGGGCGAAAGUGUCCCGAGCGAGAUCGCUGAUGCUGCGGCAAAACAAUUCGAGGAUGCCUCGGAUGCCCAGAAGCAGAGAAGCGUGACGCCGCAGAGAGAGAUGGGUCCUGCGGAUGCGACUUCGGGGAAUGUUGAAAUGAGGGAUGGAGAUGAUCGGAUGAGAAGGAGUACCACACCAGAGAGACGGCUUGGAGGUUCUGGUGUCGGUGUGGAGGAGGGUGAGGUGAAGUCUGAGGAUGAGAGACGGGACAGUGGAGGUGGUGGUGGAGAUGCAGAGGAGUGA